GGUGAGUAACUAGGGAUGACUUGACUGGCCAGAGUGGGGAUCUUGAGUUUGGUUUUCUUUUGCUUUCUUUCUUUCAUUUGUUUUGAUUUUCUCUCUGCAGUUUUCGUAUGAGCUAUUUCUAAUAUCUUACUGUUCAUUGCGUUACUUUUCAUAGGACGACAGAGGGGGCUUAUAAAAGAUUAACCUCUCAACCUCUCAGUCUAGAAGGACUAGGGGGGUGAUUUUCUACAAAACCUAACACUCUGUUCCCUUCCAGUAGUCCUCACGAGUUACACGAGAGAGGAAAGCGGAGACGAUUGCGGAAACGGAGACGAAAUGGUACAGCAGCGAUUCUUUACACCGAAACUUCGUCGUGGAUGACCAUUCCUCUUUUUUCUCUGUUUGUCUAUCUGUUUAUCCAUCCAACCUUCCCCAUCUCUUUGGCAGCAAAGAGCUGAAAAACGAAUACCAGCGGGAACAACCUGAGGAGUAGUUGAGGCACGAAAGAGUCCGAAAGAAAGGAAGCGAGAGUCAAAGCAAAAGAGUAGAGAAAGAUGAAUACCCUCCCCUCACGAUCAAAAAUCACUCCUCAAACAAGAGUACGUCACAAAGUAGGUUUUAAAUACCUCGAAGCCUUACAAGCGAAGGUAUUACGGGAGUCCUCAUCGACUACCAGUUUGUUGGAUGGUGAGGGAGGUUUGGGUGGUCUUAGUUUGUUACCACCUACGAAUGGAGCGAGGAAUGGGCGGGAAAAUAAUGGAAAAGGGAAAGAGAAGCCGUUGGAUCUACUCGUGUUGGGUGUCUGUGAAGGGACGAAUAUGUCGGAGAUGAGAGAUGUGGAUUUUGUGCUUUGUAGGUUUAGGCAGGAGGAUGCUGAGGGGGUGGUGGAGAUUGAGGUUUUGGGGGUAUGUUGGUUUUUAUUAUUUUGUUGAAAGGGGGAGAGAGAGUAUGUGAGAGCUUUCCUGGCCGGGAUCUUAUGAAGGAGGAAGGGAAAAUUUGAUGGGACAUAUGAAAAGGAAGUAAAGCUAAUAUUCAAAAGUACGACACCAUCCACCUCCCACCACCCAACCUCACCUCACCAACCCUCAACCAAGAAAUCGGCCAUCUAUUCAGUACAGCAAUCCACCUCUUCAGCAAUAAACACUCCCUCCCCCUCGACACCCUAGAUCUCAUCGGCUCAGGUGGAUUUCUCCUCCCCCUCCCCCCGUCUCCCUCACAUGAACAUGACGACGCGAUCCACAAAGCACAAAGAUCCCCAACUAGCAUAAGCGAAGGCGGAAUAAUAGCCGCCAAAACAGGCGUAACAACCGUCUCCGAUUUCCGCACGACAGAACAGGCAAUCGGCAGACCAGGAACGAAUCUCUUCUGUUUCCUCACGGGAUUGGUGUUAUGCUCGACGUCUAGCGAGAGGAGGGAGAAGAGGAAACUACAGGUUUGUAUUGAGAUUGGGGAGAUAUCUUCUGUGGUUUUUGUACCGAGAAGUAGGGAGGGGAGUAGUGGUGGUGGUGUAGAAGGACUAUACGAAUGGGAUAUCGGACCAGGCACCCAUCUUUUAACAUCGACACUCCUCGCUCUGGGGUACGAUAUUCAAACACCUCACCGAUUCCAAGGCGAAGGGGAGAUAUGUCAUGAAGUGGUUGAAGAACUUCUUGAGCACGAUAGAUAUCUUAAAUCAAGGCCACCAAAGAUAGUCUCGAAAGAAACGUAUGGAGCCAAUAUGGUAUGUAGAAUCCUAACCAUGUGUCGUUUCCGCGGCUGCAACGACGCAGAUAUCCUAGCGACAGUAACACGCUUCCUCUCCGCCUCCAUAGCACAGCAACUCCUCCUCUUUGGCCCAGGUCGUCACUUACUAAACCACUCCGAAAUAACCCUCGAUUUCUCACCUACAGCUUCCUCCCUUUCAAAUCUAAAUCUACACAUCCCGUCAAGACAUCACCACCCAUACACACAAAUUCAAACCGACCUACGCCUCGAGUUCCCCGGCGCGGCUUUUCACGAUUGGGAACAGAGAACCGGGAUUCCGAGUGGGAAUGGGAAGAAGAGGAUUGGGUGUGCGAUGUUGGCGGUUGAGGCGCUGCUGGGGAGAGCGGUGGUGGUACCUGUUAAUGCGGCGGUGAGGAGGCCGAAUACUGUUACGGGGACUUUGGCGCCGGGGGUGAGGUGGAGGGAGGUUUGUGGGGUUAGUGUU